CAUGCAAGCAGAUCAACAUACUCAGCCGCAAUGAGUCUACAUCUUCCUAUACGGUGUGCUGUCAACUCGGGUAUAGCUUCAAUACUAUAUGUACAAAAGACUAAAGGCUAAUAGAGUACAGUAUCUGCCCUAACAAACUCACAACCCUCAAUCAACUUCCUCGUCCCUCGAUCACAACGACGAACACUCUUCGGUUGGAAAGGCUGGGGUAAGGGCACGAAGGAGAAGGCAGAUCCUAUAUCCCGCCUCGAGAAUCCUCUUGAGAAACUAGGACCCAAAUAUCUCAAAGACACCAUAUUAAAAGAUGCACACAAACCAAAAGCAGGGCUCUCAAAUUCCGUCUUCGGCGACGACAGCGCAGAAGGAGAUUAUGUCCCACCAAAAGAAGGCUUGCAGCGACACAUAGCCCGCCAAGCACUGGAUCCAGAUCCAAAUUCGAGAAUUCGAUGGGAGACGAGGAUGGUUCAGAGGGAGGUACUUAAGAGGGGUCGUUUGACGAGGAAGCAAGAAUUGAGACGGCAGGAGCGAGAGCAGAUCUCUAAAUCUCAACCCUUUCAGACUUCAGUGAAAAAGCUUGUUCCACUUGCGAAGCAGAUUACUGGAAAGACUGUCGAGGACGCCAUUAUUCAGAUGAGAUUCUCGGUCAAGAAGGCGGCGAAAGAUGUCAAGGAACACUUGGAACAUGCAAAAAACGAGGCUAUUACACGCCGCGUCAUGGGACUGGGUGCUGUACAGGGUGUCAAGAUCACACCGAUGUUUAUUCAGACCAAGGAUAAGAGAUCUGUUCGUGUGGAUGAUCCUACGAGAAUGUAUAUUGAGCAAGCUUGGGUUGGAAGAAGCGCAUACGGGAAAACGCCGGAUUCAAGGGCACGAGGGAGAGUUUACAUGAUGAAGAAUCCCACAACAAGUACGUUUCCCCAUUUUGCAGUUUUUUCAUGCACGGAAAGAAGCUAACAUGGAUACUACAGUGUUGACCGUGGUCUUGAAGGAAGAGAAAACCCGAAUUCGCCAGCAUGAAGAAAGACAGGAGAAAAUUCGAAAUCGUAAGGUCUGGCAUCAAUUGCCAAACAGACCUAUCACAGCUCAGAGACAACAUUACUCAUGGUAG